GCUAAUACUUAAGCUUUGCAGCUGAAGAGCCACGACAGCCGCUUACGCUAGACGAAACAUGAGAAUUCGAUGUUAUCGCGAGUCAGUCUAGUGCAGUAUAGAGAAAUCAGUGAUUACAAUGCUUCCGCUACACAAAGAUGACCCUUUUCAUAAGCCUGGAUGGAAGCUGAAAGAAAAAUUAUUUGGAUGGCUGAGACUUGUCUUUUCAGAGCAGACCUCUCGGCGUCUUUUUGGGUUUCUGAUACUUAAUUUAUCUUUCGCAUUUGUGGAACUGUUCUAUGGUGUUUGGACAAAUAGUCUUGGCCUCAUUUCAGAUUCCUUCCAUAUGUUUUUUGACUGCACAGCCCUGCUAGCAGGCUUAGUGGCUUCUGUUAUUGCACGCUGGCGAGCAAAUGAAUCUUUUUCAUAUGGUUUUGUGAGAGCAGAAAUUUUAGCAGGAUUCGUCAAUGGCCUUUUUCUCCUGUUCAUUGCAUUCUUCAUCUUUUCAGAGGCAGUUGAGCGGGCUGUUGAACCACCAGAGGUGAAGCAUGAACGCCUAUUCAUAGUCUCAGUCUUGGGAUUUAUUGUAAAUCUGGUUGGUAUCUUUGCCUUCCAACAUGGCCACUCACAUGGUGGUAAUUCAGAUCAUGGCCAUUCUCACUCUGCUGGUGGAAGCCAUGGUCACAGCCAUGGACUUGGCAUGGAUGACUCAGACCAUAAACCUUUACACGAGAAGCAUUCUCACAGUCAUGGUCACAGCCAUCAUGGAGACAACCACAGCCAUGAUCACAGCCACAGCAACAGCCAUAGCCAUAGUCACAGUCAUGGCCAGGAGCAUGGUCAUGGAGGGGAGAGCAGUCCAGGAGCCAGAGCAGCCCAGAGGCAGAUCAUGCAGGGUGUUUUUCUUCAUAUCCUCGCAGACACCUUAGGUAGUGUUGGGGUCAUUAUAUCUUCAGGACUUAUACACUACUUUGGUUGGAUGGUUGCAGAUCCUAUUUGUUCAAUGUUCAUUGCAACAUUAAUAGCAAUCAGUGUCUUACCCUUGCUAAGGGAAUCCAUUGGAAUUUUGAUGCAGCGCACACCUCGCUCCCUUGACCUUGUACUGCCUAGCUGUUAUCAAAAGGUUAGUCAGCUGGAAGGCGUAUACAGUGUGCAGGAACCCCACUUUUGGACACUGUGCUCAGAUGUGUAUAUUGGCACCAUCAAACUGGAGGUGGCUGCUAAUUCUGAUGCUCGCUAUCUCCUGAGUCAAACUCAUAACAUAUUCACACAGGUUGGUGUUCGACAGCUGUAUGUCCAAAUAGACUAUGCUCCAAUGUAAAAGAUGCUGGUGCUGGCGAUAAUUCUUCCUUUAAAGAUUGGACAAACUGACAGUGCCUACAGAAUGAAAAGUAUGUCUGUACUAUUAUAGAGGCUCACUUUGUGUGGCACAUCAUCAUAGGAAAUAAUCUUCCAUCUAGUCAAAUACUAGGUUUAGAUCUUCUGAGGGACCACCAGGGGAAGGUAACAGUUUUAAAAUCUCACAGUUCCACUAAGAACAAUCACUUCAUACCUAGCUUUCCACAUUAGCAUGUCAGCUCCAAGUUUUCUGUUUAGCUCAUGGGAGGUAAAAUGGUCUGACUAUCCAAUUAUGGCACAUCUGUUUUUUAUUGUAACCAAUUAUGUUGCAUGGUAUGCUAGAUGUUAAUUAUAUCUUACAACAGUCAUCAGUUUCACUUUUAAAUGCUAGUACAAAAUAUAUUUUUAAUAGGGCCAUUUCCUGCUGUGAUUUCACCUAUGAUGCUGACAUGACAUUAAGCACGAGCAACCAACCAAGUGCAAAGUUAUUUUCAAAUUAAUAUGUUUAAUUCAUUAAAAGAUACUCAUUUCCUAUAUUUGGCUCUUUGCUCUGAUCGUGACUUUAAAAUUGUUGUUCUCACCUGGGUUUGGGAAAGAGGUCAAGACUGAAGGCCUCAUUUCUCGUGAUGUCACAAACAUCAGCUUGCUGAUUGGACAACACUUCAUUAUACAUGGUUGCAGCUCUUGCAUUGGCUGCAGACUUCAGUGACAUUAGAAAUUAAAUUAUAUUCCAUGUUUUCCUUUAAAAAAUAAAAUUGUUUCACAACUUUCUUUUUAACUGAUGAUGGCUUUACACUUUUACUAAGCUACCAACAGUUUUGACGUUAAUUUUUUGUUUUACUUUGUUAAUCUUUUAAUCUUUCCCAAUUAAAGACCUUUAUUUUGAUGUAGCAUUUGAUCAAGCAAUACCUUAAGAAACUGUUGGGAAGUUAAUAAAUGUAGUACUUUGCAAAAUUAAGAAAUUCUUCACAGACAGGAACUAAAGUUAAUAAUACAUUUAUAAUACACAUCUCUUGCCCCUAGUUUCAAAUCUGUGCUUAAAAUUAGAAAAAUAAUAUUCAACAUUUAUAUAUGGACCUAAAUUUGUGAGGUUUUGUCGUCAAACAUGAGAAACAUUUCAAAAUAACUGCUGCACAGGAAGUGUGUGUGUGUUGGGGGGGAAUUUGUGUUUUACGCAGCCAGCAACUAAGGCUAUGCCACAUCAAGGCAACCAGUCCUGUAAACAGAUGCACUUGCAGAGAAAGAACAGUGUGCCUGAAAUGAGAGCUAAACCCAGGGCAGUCAACCCUUACUGUGUUGGGGACAGGCACUAAACGUUGCAGAACUGGACUACCCUACUGCACCGGAGUGCAUAAAUGUCAAUGUCUGUAAUUGACAUGUGAGUUAUUUGUAGCAAAAGCAUGUGGUAGUAGUUUUGUUGCCAGUCUAGUGUUUGCCCCUAUUAUCCUAACCAUAAAGUAGUUGGCUCCAAUUGUUUCUUUCAUUAAGGACUUUUUUCUUUUGAUGUUUUGUUAAUAGCUAGCAUUGGGGUUUUUUGAAUAGAUAAAUAGAAAAUAAACUUAAGGAAUCUGAUCUGAAUGUAAAGAUCUCACAAUGAUCUUACAAGAGAGAGAGUAUACUAACUGUAAUUUUGAGAUUCCAGAACCUAAAGUGAAUGUGAUGCCAAGAGGAAUUGUACAUUUGACUUAAUGAAAUGUUGCCAAAGAACAAUUUAACUGGUUUUGCUCAUACAUCCUUAUCGUUGAAAGCACCAAAUAGGUAAUAAUGUGAAUUUAUAACUUAUGCAUUGUGUUUUUAUAACUUAUAAAAAUUGAGGACAUAAUUUUUGUUAUGGCCUAUGCCAAUUAAAAGCAUUUUUUUAUAUGUCACAAGUAGAACAGUUUAGAUUAUACUCUUCAGGUGGCUACAUUAUUGUGGGUAAUGUUAUUUAAAGCUUUAUUCAAAACCUGUUAGGUUUCUGUUGAUACAUUGUCUUCUGACACUUUGUCUGACUGAUACAUUGUCUCUCAGUAGUAAUAUGUAUGCUAUCACUAAAAAUGCAUAAAAUCACUACUUUUAAGUACAUUAAAAAAGCUGAUCACUGUUAUAUAGGAAAGACUGAAAUUAAGAAGUGAACACACCAUAAAAUAUAAAUACGAGAAUCUCAAGAAAUGAAAAUUAGUGUUAAAAAUUUCUACAAUUCUUGAAAUGCAAUACAAUAAAGUUGAUAUUUUAACACAUUUUCAAACAGCAGCUUUCAUUUGACAUUUUGCAUAGCUGACAUAUUGCCUUUUUAAAAAUUUUAUGCUGGUUGGUAGGGACAGGUGGAGGGUAUAACGUUUCAGUAUGAAUAGUAUGUUGAAUGUUCAUGAGUUCAUGAAUAUCUUUUUUGUUGACAGGAGGAUAUUCAAUCAUUCUGAUCACAAGUCUGAUAAAUCAGGUGCCAAAAAUUGUUUAAAACUGCAUUGCAUUUAAUAAUUUAACCAAUAGCUUUUAUCAUAGUUCACUUAUUAUACCUGGUCAUUUCUGUUUUUUUGUAGCUUUAUUGCCAUCAUUCUUGUGAUCAUGUUCAAAGAAAAAUAAUAUUGUCCUUGCUUACUCUUUUCUGUCAGUCCAGAUUGUAUCUUACAUUGUUUUCUAAGGAUCAGGAUACCCUUGACAAGAACAGGGUUUAGGUUGGGGUUAGGUUAACUCAUAUUUUAAUGAAUUUAUUUCUCUAUUAUCGGACUACAGCUAAAGUAGAAUACUCUUUUGCUCCAUUCAUUUUCAUGAAAGAUUUUGAUUCCAUGAUUCAUCCACCACAUUUGAUGUAAAGUUUACAAUUUCAAUCAAUUUCCAUUUUAGAAAACAAAACAAGAACUCCUUGUAUACAUUUAAGCAGUUUAAAACAUUGGCUGAUGAAUUUAAUGAUUUAACUUAUAGAUUUAGUAUAUUUAAUACUUACUGGAAAAAUAUGGUGAGAUUGUGAAAUGCGAAAAAAAUGAGAGCUGCUUAUUAUCCAGACAACUACUGAGAUUUGUGAGACCAAAGUCUAAGAUAUGCUGAUAAUGAAUUAUAAUUUUCUGAGACUAUAGGGAUCAUUGCACUGCUGGGGGAAAAAUAUCUCUGGACCAUCUUUAGAAUUAUUUCUAAAAAAAGCUAUGUUUAUAAAGUCUUUAUUUCUGUUUAAGAUCUAUUGUUUAAUUUGAAGAUAGUGCCUUUAACCAAGUCAAUGGACAGUUUGUACUUAAUGUGAGAACUUUUCAGUUUUUUCCUUCGUUUUUAAGUAUACUUUUCAGAAGACAUGGAUGUUGCAAAUUUUGUAGUGCAGAGUUUAUGUGGAUUUCACUGAAAGGCUGUGCCAGAUAAUUCUGAAUGUACUUGUCUUUUUUCUUUUGCUGCUGUAACAGUCAUUCUGCUGUGCUGCAGCUUUUACUGGUGAUGGCUUUUGCAGUUGUUGGAAAUAAACAGUAUUGAAAUGUAAUAGGAAAUAAAAGGUUUGGGUGAAAACAUU